AUGGAUUCAUUCAUAAACAAUUCUGCACAUGAGGAAGAGGAUAUGUGGUUAAGUGAGGACGACCCUGAAUACAACGAUCAAGAUGACAUUGCAAGUACAUUUACCAAUUUUAUGCGAAAGUCGCUCAGGUUUCAAAAGAAACAAGAUAUUUAUUUGCGUCAAUUAUCGAACGCUCAAGUUUAUCAUGGAAAAAUCCUCAAGAAAACUAUGAUUAUUCUCGACAGUCAAGCUAAAACGUUAGAAGAAACGAAUAAGAUGUUGAAAGAAGGUAAUGAAAAACCAGAGAAAAUUGUCGAAAAAGGUGAUACAUAUCAAGUGGCUGCAAAUAAAGAUCUUUUGUCGAUCAACAAAGACUUAUUUUACAAAGAAUCUCCAGUCUAG